UUUUCGCGCGUUUUUACCGUUCUUAAUGUUUCAUUCGAUAGCGAACACGUAUUUGGAUAUUUCGAAGUCUUUCAAAACGUAUUAGUUUCUAUUCAUAAAUAUAUGCUAAAAUAACGAUACACACGAAUAUAAUGAGUUCAUCGCUUGAAAUAACAAAUUGGACUCCUGAAUAUUUCAUCGCAAACAAAUCAAGUUGUAACAGCGUUUUAGAGUGUACAGAGGCUUUAAUGAAAAUUCCUUUACUGAACAAUGAACCUGUACAUAACUUUAGAAAUCAGCAAUUAGUCAGAUUCAAAGGAAUGAUUCAAGAUAUGCAUAAUCCUGAAUACUAUUUCAAGCAAUACGAGGUGAAAAAUAUUGAAACAGAGGCACGCGAAGUCAGGUGUGGAAUGUACAUGGACUGUGCUAAGUGCUUGCCAGAAGAAGAAAUCUUGUUAGAUUCAGACCAAAAUGAAAAUUCGGAAAGGCACACAUGUAUCGUCAUAUCGAUUCCUGGGUUAAACAAUUGGGCAAAGGAAAAGAACGAAUCUCCGCGUGGUUCGAAUACCUUAGUAAAAAGUAGUCAGAAAAGAAAUUUAGACGCAAACGACGACACGAUGAUGGAGUGUUUCGAACCAAUUCGUAAAAAAGAAAAAUUUCCAUUGACCCCGGACGACGAAAAAAUGGAUAUUAACGAUCACGACAUGGGUCAGCGUCAAAUACUUUCAAAAGAAUAUAUAUUGAAUUUUCCAAUACCUAUAGAAGAUGGCAAAGCAUGUAUAGUGAAGACAUACGAAGAUGUAUCUUUAAAAUUGAACGAGAUUAUCGAAGUAGUUGGGUUUAUAUCUUUAGAUCCUCUUUUAACAACUAUUCAUGAUGGAGAGGACGGGACCAUGACGGAAGCAGAAACGAACGUUCAUCAUCCACCUGCUUCUCUCGUUCCUCGAUUACAUGCUGUAAAAGUAAUUCACUUAAAUAAACAGAAAGUAAAGAAUGGGCCAGAAAUAAUAUCUAAGGCAGAAUUAAUAAGAAACGAUCUUCAUUUGGUUUUGAGCCAGCUUCUUUUCGGAGAUCAGUUGGCCGCUGAUUAUUUAAUCUGUCACUUACUUUCAUCCGUUUAUAUGAGAAGAGAUUACUUUUGUCUUGGUAAUUAUCCAUUAAAUAUAACACAUUUUCCUGCAACGAAAUACAAAUCGUUUACAAAAGAUCUGUAUAAAUUUUUAUCGCUAUUUACCGAAAAAAGUCAUCUACUGGAAAUCACUUUAGAAAGUUUAAACGAUUUAACGUUAUCGCCAAAAAAAGAUUACGAGUGCAACAGGCUGACCAGCGGAGUACUUCAACUUAGCGAUAAUACUCAACUGGUGAUAGAUGAAACUGGAUUAACCACAGGGCAAAUAACACAAGCAGGACGUGAAAAUUACAAUGCAAUUUGCGAUUUAGUUAAUUUUCAAAGGAUUACGUAUGACUUUAAAUUCUAUAAAAUGGAGUACGACAGCGAUAUUCCAGUUUUAAUUUUAUCCGAAGCAAAAUCUUUUAUUCCUUGUCAAAAUCAAGUUAUGUUGAAAAUAGAUGCGGAAUCGGGGAACAUCUACUCCGAAAUAAUCGAAAUUGCGGAGCAAUACUUGAAAAAUGAAAAUCGAUUGAAAGAUAUUCGAUUAUAUUUAGCGGCUGUACGAAAGGCAAAAUUCGAAUUCAACGAGAAUGUUACGAAGGAAAUUCAAAAUGACUUUAUAAAAUUAAGACAAACAUACAAAAGCGUAAACAGUGAUCAUUUGCACGCGUUAAUGAUACUUGCCAGAUUAUUAUCGUUAUCGCAUGGAUCGAGCACUUUGAAUACGGAGUAUUGGAAGAAAGCAGUCGAAAUGGAGACAGAACGAUUAAGUCGAUUAGCAGAAAAAAGGUCCAAUUCCAACCGACAUUGGCACAUUCUACAAUCUCGGAGCUGCAAGCAAAAUUCAUGUUUGAAAAUACCACAAAUUAAUACCUUUAGUUUUACCUGAUUUUUGCAUUUAUCUAUACAAAUUUCCAACUGCUUUCUAUUUUCUUCCAAAAUCUCUAGUUCUUUGAACAAACAUUUUUCUGUGUUGUCGUGCACAAGUUCGGUAUCUGCGUAACAAAAAAAAAAAAAAAAAAAG